AUGAAAACAGAAGAAGACAAAUCCAAAUGGACGUGCACAUUAUUCCAGCCUAUUUAUGAUAACACCGAACAAGCAUAUCGGUUUCGUCAUGUCCAUCUUGAUCUUUUUGUAACCCUGUCGACGAUUCCUGAUGAUGUUUUUAUUAAUUUUUUGUACACAGAUGUUGCAGGCUUUCCUGAUAAAUAUUGUGAUCUUAGUACAAUCAUUGAUUGGGAAACGUUGGUUACAUUACAAAAACAUGUUGCUUUCAAAGGUGACAAUGGUUGCAACCUCAGGGCAAGAUGGAUGAAUAACUAUGGAUUCUUGGAAUUUGAAACCACCGACAUUGGAGAUCCUGCUGUUCCAAUGGAAACCUUCACAACAAAAGAUGGAUGUAUUUGCAUAAAGUCAGAUUAUAUCGGAACGUUUUGGCUGUGUAGCGACGUAACUAAUGAUAUAUUGGCAAGGUCAACUGAUGUUACAGACGCGGACCCAAAUACUUUGUUUUGGCCCAUCAAACUUGAUAACAAUACCAUUGCUCUACGCAGCUUGAAUAACAACCGUUUCAUAAAAAGAUCCAGUUAUCCAUUAGUGGAAAAUGGGCUCUGCCCUUUGGUCAAAACCAUUGAUCAAUAUUCAAAAUUUCAAAUAGAAGAGGUUGUUCUUUCACGAGACAUAUAUGACGUACGUUUUCGACCGUCAGAUGCUAGGAUCUACGAUCAAAGUUUACUGGUGAUGGCCACUGGAACUGCUACUAAUAGGAUAGAAGUACCCAACACUGUGGGCUUGCAUCUCAAAUAUACAGACACGAAAUCUAGCACGUGGAAUGCAUCAGUUUCAUUGAAGUUAGGUGUGAAAACAAAAAUUCAAACGAAAAUACCCUUCUUUGUAGGAGGAGAAGUUGAAAUGUCUGCUGAAUUGUCAGGAGCAUAUCAAUGA